AUGUUGGAAAAGGAUAUCGGUCCGCAUAACACUCCUCCGGCUCCCAAUCCGAACUUCACCCCAAACACCAUAUUGACCCCCAUCACCACCGUUAACACUGGUGCCAAACUCUAUCAGGGCGGAGUAGAAGUGGGUGAGGAUGACACCGAUUUCGGUUUGACAGGCCCAGCUGGUGGAACGCCUCGUCAGCCUUGUUCCAAGGCUCUAAAGACGGGUGUGGGGGAGGAGGCAGGGAGCGAUCGACAUCCGAAAUUCGCGCUGCGCAAGCUCACCCGUGGCAAACAAAAAAUUCCCAUAACUUUCAUGCACGAUCGCGUCCGACGCUGUAGCACUUUCUCCAAGCGUAAAAAUGGCCUAAUGAAGAAGGCUCAUGAACUCUCCGAGCUGACCGGUGCUGAUGUGCUUCUCGUGGUUGCUUCGCCGACCAACCAUGUCUACACUUACUUCACUAAACGCCUUCGUGGCAUGGUUAUGUCGGAUCAGGGACGUGAUCUAAUCUACUCCUGUCUGGGUGCGACUCAGCCUGCUAGCGGCGAUCGUAGGGACGCCUCCGGCCAAACCACUCCGCUCUGUUCCUCCACCUCUUCGCCCACGCGUCUGGACGAAGAUCAGCCCUCUGGCACACCCCCUGUUGAGGGUGAACUGCAGCGGACUGUUGUGACUCCUGUCGUGGAGCAGACAACUUCCUCCCGAAGCAUAAGUACUCACCCUCACCAACCGAAACCUGCAGAGAAUCAGCUCUCUCCCCAGCUGAACUGUCCCCAACCCCCUACCGUUCCCUCUACAGGCUUGACGCUGCCAUCUGUUGUCCUUGACAACGCUCAGUCAACGUCGAGCCCGUCGCCGGUCUCGGCUGUUUCACAGACAGCAGUACUGUAUGGGUCGCCGGAAUCCUCGCCUCAGGCCCUCGAAUCGCUGGUUCGUCUGCAGGACGUGACCCACUUACUACAAUUUUCCACCUCCGGUUCCCCCGCCUCAGGGCUCGUGAUACCAGUUCGGCUCUUGCAGGGUGUGCCGAAUCCAAACGCUGUCAGUAGUCCGGAUGAUGGUAGUGCCUUUUCUUCUGCCUCCCAUGGUCUGCCUAUGAUGCAGAUUCAAGCUCAGACUAACACCAAUUCCGAGUGA